AUGGACGAACCACCCGUCCCUCAGCUCUUAACAACACUGAGUGCGCCCGCCGCCGAUGGAACAAAACGCAAAGCCAUGGAAAUUGGUGCACCAGUACAGUACGCUCAAUCCUCUCGGAAGGGAAAGAAAGCAUGGAGGAAAAACAUAGACCUUAACGACAUCGAGGUCGGUCUGGAAAGCAUGCGGGAAGAGGAGAGAGUAACAGGAGGGAUGCUGCAACACCGCACAGACAAUGAGUUAUUUACUGUGGACGUGACGGGAGAUGAACAAGUCCGGGAGCGAGUGCAGAGAGUUAAGAAGCCCUUGCGAUCUCUGCAAAUCCUUCGACAGCGUUCAGCUGUGCCUGCCGUUAAGCUUCCCAAAAGGGGUUCCAAUUCGAAGGGCUCGCGGCUGACAAAAUCGGAAAAAGGGAAGAUAUCAAAAAAGGCACAAUGGAUUCGUGGUGCUACGGGGGAGAGUGGGGAUUUGGUCAUCGAGGCGCCGGCCAUCGUAAAAUAUGAUCUUUGGGCAACGGCGAAGAGUGGUGAAGAGAAGUUGGAAGGAAAUAUCCCAACGGACGAAGCUCGUGAUUACGUGAUCCCAGUUGUGAUACCGAAGGCACUAAAGAUGCCAGGCUCUAUUCUUCCCUCGAGAUACAUUCAAGCCAAAGCGGUAGAGAUGCCCCACCCUGGCGCCUCUUACAAUCCUACUCCUGACGCGCACCAGUCCCUCCUUCAAAGUGCGCACAACAUUGAGCUGGCACGCCUAGCGACCGAGGAGAAAGCCCGUGCACAGAACGAGAAAGCACGGGCGAUGCACGGCCUUCGGGCUGAGAAGGAAGAUGGUGUGACUGUGUUCAGAGGCAUGAAGAUUGAUGUCCCAGGGGAAGGGAACACUGAGCAGGAGGAGGAGGCCGUGGAGAGAAGCGAUGCUCCAGUUCAGAAAGUUACAAAGCGAAAGACAAAGGCUCAGCGAAUCAAACAGUCCCGUGCUUUGUCGAGGAGACUACUUGUAGCGGAAGAAACUCGCAGGAAACAACUGGAGAAGGGGUUCCGCGAGCUAUCGGGUGUUGCUCAGGCAGCCGACAAGGCUGUCGCUGCUCAUCGGAAAGAGGUUAUUGAGUGGAUGAGGACGAAGCGCUUGGAACGGCCAAAACCUCUCAUUGGGAAGAUGGUGGGGGGACAUAAAGUCAAGGCACCCGAAGUGGAUGUAAAGUUGACUGAGGAAAUCCCAGAGAAUCUUAGGACUUUAGAGCCCGAAGGGAACUUGUUCCGGGAUCGCAUCCUCAGCUUGCAAGCUCGAUCGCUGCUCGAGCCAACCGGACGAGCCUCGCUGAGAACCCGUGUGAAACAUCCGAAGCUCAAGCUGUUCGAAAAGCGUGCUUGGAGGGACUUCAAGUGA